AAUGGUAUUUAGUGCUUCCUGUUUGUUGGGUAUUAUAUAAUUUCAAGAAUCUUGGAUGCCUAUCUAACAAAUUCCAAGAAUUUCUUAGUUGAUUUGGGGUUUAUGUUUUUUUGUUUGGUAUUAUAUAAUUUCAAGAAUCUUGGAUGCCCAUCAAACAAAUUUCAAGAAUUUCUUAGUUGAUUUGGGGUUUUUUUUUUGUUGGGUAUUAUAUAAUUUCAAGAAUCUUGGAUACCCAUCAAACAAAGUUCAAGAAUUUGUUGCUAGAUUUGGGGUUUAGGGUUUUGAUUCUUGAUACUUGAUGAAUAUAGUGGAUGAUUUAUAUGUAAAGUUCAUGGUGUCUGGGAAUAAUUAUUUGAACAUGGUCAAACCCUGUUGGAAGCCUUCUUUGGAAGAGGGUUGUCUAAGAAAAUCUGCAGAUCAAAUUGGUAGAACAGAUGGGUUGUUGUGGUAUAAAGAUUUAGGGGUUCAUAUGAGUGGUGAAUUUUCAAUGGCUGCUAUUCAAGCAAACAAUUUGUUGGAAGAUCAGAGCCAAGUUGAAUCAGGGCUGUUAAGUUCUUCGAGUUCCGGCCCGUUCGGAACGUUUGUUGGAGUCUAUGAUGGGCAUGGUGGACCGGAGACUUCAAGAUUUGUGAAUGAGAAUCUGUUUGCUAAUGUUAAGAAAUUUGCAUCUGAAGAUCAAGAAAUGUCAGCAGACGUGAUCAAGAAAGCAUUUUUAGCAACGGAAGAUGAAUUUCUAUCGAUUGUAAGAGAACAAUGGCGUGUGUGCCCGCAAAUAGCGACAGUAGGGACGUGUUGUUUGGCGGGUGUUAUUUGCGACGGGUUAGUAUACGUCGCUAAUGCUGGAGAUUCGAGAGCGGUGUUGGGGCGAGCAGAUAGGGGUGUCGGAGGUGUUUCGGCUGUACAAUUAUCAACAGAGCAUAAUGCAAGCUAUGCUUCCGUAAGAGACGAGCUUCAUUCCGAGCAUCCUGAUGAUCCGAAAAUCGUUGUUAUGAAACACAAUGUUUGGCGUGUUAAGGGGAUCAUACAGGUUUCAAGAUCCAUCGGUGAUGCGUAUCUAAAGAAGGCAGAGUUCAAUAGAGAACCUUUAUUGGCAAAGUUUAGGUUGCCGGAACCCUUUUCAAAGCCGAUUCUUAAUCCAGAACCGUCGAUAUAUAUACACAAACUAACCCCGAAGGAUCAGUUUCUCAUAUUUGCAUCCGAUGGUCUGUGGGAGCAUCUUAGCAAUGAGGAAGCAGUGGAUAUCGUUUAUAAUUAUCCGCGUAACGGAAUUGCAAGAAGAUUAGUGAAGGCUGCACUUCAACUAGCAGCCAAGAAAAGAGAAAUGAGAUAUUCAGAUUUGAAGAAAAUUGAUAGAGGUGUUAGAAGACAUUUCCAUGAUGACAUCACAGUAGUUGUCAUGUUUUUAGACCCGCCAUCGACAAACCGAACUUCUACUCGUGCUUCGGCUCUAUCAAUAAAAGGAACCCGAGGAUUACCUCGCACCAACAAUUUGUAGCACCAAGGGUCCGUUUUUCAGCCGCACCCAAAAUGUCGUUUUUGUUGAGUGAAUGUGUGUAAACUAAGAGCAUGUAUUAUUUUAACACGUGCAAGACGAGGUUGUUAGCCGUAGUUUCGAGUGUCGGGCAUCAUCCUCUGUCGUAGUCGAAAAUCUUACAAUUUUUUUUUUUUUUUUUUUUGUCUUGUUCAUUUGUGGAUGAGGUGUGAAGGUCUUGUCUCUUAGGAUAAUGAUCGUGAAGAAAGGAAACGUGACAAGUGUUUAAACGUGUAUAUAUGAUAACAAUAUUUGAUAAGGUGUUCAUGCGGA